AAGAAGAAGAGGCGCUGAGGAGCGAGGCUCGGGAUGUUGGCAGAGGAGCUCGGGCACCGUCAGAGACGGGGGCAGCGGGAGGAGGAUCCUUUCUCCUCGAGAUUAACCGAACAAACCCCGGAGACCGAUGGAAGGAACAACAGCAGCAGCCCCAGGAGAACACAGCUCAUUUAACGCGACUGGCGUGAAACAGGGAACGUAACCGCUGACUGUAAACCUCAACACGCACGUUAACGUUAACGUUACUCUUUCUCCAUCUCCACCAUUUUGGUUGUCAGUGAUGGAGCACAUCCGGACGCCCAAGGUGGAAAAUGCGCGGCUCUUGGACCGGUCGUCGGGCCAGAGGAAGGCCAGCACCGGGACUCUGUACCUCUCUGCCACGCACACCAUCUUUGUAGAGAACAACCCUGAGACACGCAAGGAGACGUGGGUGUUGCACAGCAUGGUGAGCAGUGUGGAGAGGCCGCCCACCAUCCCCGCUGGAAGUCAGCUGAUCCUGCAUUGUAAAGACUUCCGCGUCUUCCAGAUCCUCAUUCCGCACGAGAGAGACUGUUUGGACAUCCACACCUCAUUGGUCAGGUUGUCUCGACCAGAGAAGUACAGUGAGCUGUACUGCCUGUCUUUUAAUCCUAAUGUCAACAAAGAGGAGAGAGAAGAGUCGUGGAACUUCCUGGACCUCAUGGGCGACUACAAGAGGAUGGGAGUUCCUAAUAACCUGUGGGUCGCUACGGCGGCCAACAGCGAAUACAGGGUGUGUGAUACGUACCCAUCAGAGCUGUUUGUUCCAAAGUCGGCCACACCCGCCGUCAUCGUGGGCAGCUCAAGGUUCAGGAGUAGAGGACGAUUUCCUGUUCUGUCCUACUUCCACCAGGACACACUGGCAGCGGUGUGUCGGUGUAGUCAGCCACUGUCAGGCUUCAGUGGACGCUGUCAGGAGGAUGAGAUGAUGCUGCUGGCUAUAAUGAAGUCCAACCCAGGUAGUGACUACAUCUAUGUGGUGGACACCCGGCCCAAGCUGAAUGCCAUGGCAAAUCGAGCAGCAGGUAAAGGCUAUGAGAAUGAGGACCACUACACCAACAUCAAGCUGCAGUUCAUUGGUGUCGAAAACAUUCACGUAAUGAGGAACAGCCAGCAGAAAAUCAUCGACGUUGGCGAGAUGAGAUCUCCGUCCAUGACUGACUUCCUGUGGGGUCUGGAGAACUCUGGCUGGCUCAAACACAUUAAAGCCAUACUGGAUGCCGGGGUCUUCAUAGCCAGGGCAGUUGCUGAUGAAGGUAUCAGUGUGUUAGUCCACUGUUCAGAUGGCUGGGACAGGACGGCCCAGGCCUGCUCUGUCGCCAGUAUACUGUUGGACCCAUUCUACAGAACCAUCAAAGGAUUCAUGGUUCUGAUAGAGAAAGACUGGGUUUCCUUUGGACACAAGUUCUCCCACAGGUAUGGCCACCUGGAUGGAGAUCCUAAAGAAGUGUCUCCUGUCAUUGAUCAGUUCCUGGAGUGUGUGUGGCAGCUGUCCGAGCAGCUCCCAUGUGCCUUUGAGUUCAAUGAACGCUUCCUCAUCACUAUACACACGCACGUCUACUCCUGUCAGUAUGGCACCUUCCUGGGAAACUGCCAGAAGGAAAGCAGAGAUAUGAGGUUUCGUGAGCGGAGUCACUCGGUGUGGCCACAGCUGUGGAAGGACAGAGCCGAGUACACCAACCCUCUGUACAAGGCGGAUCUGAGCCAGAGUCAGGGGGUCCUGAGACCCAACACCACCCCCUACUGCUUCAAAAUGUGGAAGGGUCUCUAUAACCACAUGGAGAAACUAACGCCUCCUCGCCAGUCACCUGCCGACUUCCUGUGCGCCGUGAGGGAGGAGUCCCAGCAGCUGGAGAAGGAGCUCACCAAUCACCAGGAGAGGAUAGCAGCCCUGACAGGGAAACCAAUCACGUGGGAGAAGAUCAAAGUUCCGAGGAGGAGGAUGAUUAGCCACCUGCGGCAGAGACACUGCGGGCCGGACCCGCCCAGCACUUACACAAACCCAUUCGCCAGCCCUGCAUCGGUCAACGGUGAUGCACUCUCCUCUGAACCAGUCACUCAGAAGGCUCAGACCAAGGACGCCACUCUCACCCUGUCUCUAGGACUUUACUCUCAUCCCAAGAGUCACAACCCCGACGACUUCUCCACCUGCAGCGACCUAGAGUCGGGCGUGGCUGACCUCAGCAGCCGCUCAUCCAGCAGCGGAGAGAACGGCAAGGACCCCUACAUAGAUGAGGCUGCCUUUACUACUGCCUGACUGGAAAAAAGAAACCCUUGCUGAGGUGAAAGAGGAAAUUAUUGUUCUUAUAGUAGAUCUACAAAAAUAUUUAUUCAGACACCCGGAGCGGGGGGGGGGGGCUGCUGGUUGGACGUUGUCUCUUGCUUUCUAGGAGAUAACUGCAGCUUGUCUCAUUCCUUUUUGGUCUAAAGGGAGAAACCUCACUGGCUGUUUACCAGUUCACCUUUUUGACAAAGGCACUGGAAGAAGCAAAAAGUAAUUUGACUUAUUAUUUUUUUGCAGAGGGCCAGAGAGGCAGUGUUUGUUUUUGUUUUUUAUACAUGGAUGCUGUUUUUAGGUGGGCUCAGUUACUGUCAUUUGUAUUUUGUUUAAGGAAUGCACUAUUACUACUGUGUGAUGGACAAAUGAUACAUGGAUCCAGCCUGAAAUAAUGCACGAUGCAGGCUCGAAGAGGGCAGUGAAAAUAUCUGAGGAAACACUUGCAUUUACAGAGAGUAGAACAAACACACUCACUAAACUAGCUUUCCAUAUUUAUCAUCAAACACUUCUUCUCUUCAAGCAAAGCUAAAAAUACAAAAUCAUGGAAGAUUUACCAACAUUAUUUAUUUACCUCCAGUCUUCCUUCAGUGUGAAUGCAUUAUGAUACUAGUAAUAAUUUAGUUUUCUCCCAAGGUAUUUCUUUGUAGGUCCAGCAGAUAUCAUACUAAAUCCACCUUUUCAUGUCUUCUCAACCUAAAUAUGUGUCCCCAGUGUGACUAAAGACCCCCAAACCUUUCUCUUUUUCUCCUGCUCAGUCUUUCAGUAAAUAUCAAUGCAAACACGAUGUUUAAAUUUGGAGAAAGUGGGCUUUUAGGGAGGCGGGCCAUUAAAGCAACAACAUUAAAGCAUGCAGAUAUUUUCUUGUAGAAACCCAAAAUAAAAACAUGAACCUGAAAAUGAGCAUAAUAUGGGACCAUUAACUUUAGACACACUGGAAGCAGCAGACAUGAUCUAUUAAAUUAAUUGAGUUGUGUUUGAGGGUUUUUAGAUGUGGACAGUCUUCAGCCUGAUCAAGCUGGAGAGUUGCUGCUAGGUAAAAUGUCAAAUCUUGUGUAAUUAUGUAGAAUAAACACUGGGAGGCCAAAGAGCGACAGCCAUCUGCUUCAUGUCUACAUGCGCAUGCCCAGUUCACCUGAACGGGUCCUAGCUGUGCGUUUUCAGUCGUGUUAAUGUAGAUGGAGAUCAACUCAAAAAACGCCGCGGAAACGCUGGUGUGGACGGAGAUCGUAUUUGUUUUAAUUCUCCGUUUGUAAACUAAAACGGAGUAGCGUGGAUGGGUCCAAAAUCUGCUCAGUCCCUCAUGACUUGAACUUAGAAGAAACCUUGUCUUCUGUUGUCAAGUUUUUAACUUCUCUAAAAUAUCAUAUCAUUCCAUAAAGCAAACAUUUGCCGCUAAGGGUCAGUAUUUAAGUUUUGAGAGUUCAAAUAAACUCAGUUCAGAUUAGAAACUGGAAGCGAAUACGUCACAGAUUUACAGUCUAAAUGGAGAUUUCUUAAAGCACUUUGAACUAUUGGUCAUUACCAAGAAUGGGAAUCAGCAAGAACAAAAUGUGAACAGAAAUAUUAAUGUUGGAAUACAGUAUUUUCUUUUGUCCAUUUGUGUGCAAUAUAUUUUAAAGCCAUUUAUUCUAUGUUAUGUUUCAGUAUAACAUUCUACAAGGAUAAUAUUUUUCCUCAGACCAAUUGAGUCAUUCAGAUGAGAAAGUUUCAGAUGUCAUUAUAUAGACUUUGUUUAACUGACACUAAUGAAGCCAUUGUUGAUGAAUAGUCAGUGAACAAAGCUGAAUUUUGAUCUGCAGACUUCCUGCAUUAUAUAAACUAUGUUUGAUGUGAA